GGUUUCUUUCUCCAAAGAAAUUUGGUAAUCCAGGAGAGCGUCUCCGUAAAAAGAAGUGGGACCUCAGUGAGUUGCCCAAGUUUGAGAAGAAUUUUUAUGUGGAACAUCCAGAAGUGGCCAGGCUCACUGCAUUACUUUCAGAGUUACAAAUAUGGCAUGUUUCAUCGUUGUAAACUGCAUUGUUCAGAAACUUUCCUGGAAUAGUAUUUGAGGCAAGCUGGAAAGUUAAGGGAAAACUUGCUGAAACAGCCCAAUCCACUGCUGCUAGUGGAUGAGUAAUUAGGAACAACAACAAAAAAAGAGUUUGAGGUUGAAGAGCUGCGAAGGAAGAAGGAGAUUACAAUUAGGGGGGCAGAAGCCUGCCCCAAGCCUGUGUUUGCCUUCCACCAGUGUAACUUCCCACAGUAUGUAAUGGAUGUCUUGAUUGAUCAGAACUUUUCAGAACCCACCCCGAUUCAAUGCCAGGGUUUCCCACUGGCCCUCAGUGGUCGUGACAUGGUGGGCAUUGCUCAAACAGGCUCUGGGAAGACAUUGGCGUAUUUGUUACCUGCAAUUGUUCACAUCAACCACCAGCCGUAUUUGGAGAGGGGAGAUGGUCCAAUUUGUUUAGUUUUAGCUCCUACACGAGAGCUGGCACAACAAGUGCAGCAGGUAGCUGAUGAUUAUGGCAAAUGCUCAAGACUGAAGAGUACUUGCGUAUAUGGAGGAGCACCCAAAGGUCCCCAGAUCAGAGACUUGGAGAGAGGUGUUGAGAUCUGCAUUGCCACACCUGGCCGCUUGAUUGACUUCCUGGAAGCAGGAAAAACCAACCUUCGUCGAUGUACCUACUUAGUGUUGGAUGAAGCAGACAGAAUGUUGGACAUGGGCUUUGAACCUCAGAUUCGUAAAAUUGUUGACCAAAUAAGGCCUGACAGACAGACUCUGAUGUGGAGUGCCACCUGGCCAAAGGAAGUGCGUCAGCUUGCCGAAGAUUUUCUGCGAGAAUAUGUUCAGAUAAAUGUGGGCAAUCUGGAACUGAGUGCCAACCACAACAUCCUGCAGAUAGUAGAUGUAUGCAUGGAGAGUGAAAAGGACCAUAAACUAAUACAGUUGAUGGAAGAAAUCAUGGCAGAGAAAGAAAACAAGACUAUAAUCUUUGUGGAGACCAAGAGAAGAUGUGAUGACCUCACUCGAAGAAUGCGUAGAGAUGGUUGGCCAGCUAUGUGUAUCCAUGGAGACAAGAGUCAGCCAGAAAGAGAUUGGGUGCUUAAUGAAUUCCGUUCUGGAAAGGCUCCCAUCCUCAUUGCUACAGAUGUUGCAUCCCGUGGUCUAGAUGUGGAAGACGUAAAGUUUGUGAUAAACUACGACUAUCCAAACAGCUCUGAGGAUUACGUGCACCGAAUUGGCCGUACUGCCCGUAGCACCAACAAGGGUACUGCCUACACAUUCUUCACACCAGGGAACCUGAAACAAGCCAGGGAGCUGAUCAAAGUGUUGGAGGAAGCUAACCAGGCCAUCAAUCCAAAACUGAUGCAGCUUGUGGACCACAGAGGAGGAGGAGGUGGUGGAGGAGGUCGGUCUCGUUACCGUACCACCAGUUCCUCCAACAACCCUAAUCUGAUGUACCAGGAGGAGUGUGACCGGAGGCUUCGGGGAGUAAAAGAAGGCCGGAGAGACUCUGGCAGCUUCAGAGACCGUGAACGUAGUGACAGUUACACCAAUGGAGCAAACAAGACCUAUGGUAGUGCCUAUGGAAGCCCAAAUUCUGCAUUUGGGGCAGCCCAGAGCCAGUAUGGCUACACCCAAGGGAGCUAUGGAGCAGCUGCUGCCGCCUAUGGCACAAGUGGUUAUGGCACUGCAGAAUACAGUGCUGCUAGUGGCUAUAGGGCCACCACUACAACUGCUGCCUGUGCUGCUGCCGGGAGAACCUCACAAAGCUCGACUCAACAGCAGUAUGCAGGGAUAGGUCGGUCAGGCCAGCAGCCGCAGCCUCUCAUGUCACAACAGUUUCCUCAGCCUCCAGGCACUAACAUGAUAGGCUACAUGGGACAGACUGCCACCUACCAGUAUCCGCCACCUCCCCCACCCCCUCCUCCUACACGCAAAUGAGACUGCUCACUGCAGGUGACCAGUGUAAACUUCUUACAUUUAAAGGAACCUUUUCUUUCUUUCUUUCUCCCAUUGUGGUGUUUAUGCCAUGCAGGUUAGAUUUAGAAUUCACUGUCCGCAAUCCUCCUGCCCACCAAAACAUGACCCCUGGUCCACAUGACUGAUCUUGCUGUUGUCUUUUUUCUUUUCUUUUCUUUUCUUUUCUUUUCUUUAAAAAAAAAAAAAAAUCUAUAUACAGUUGACUGGAAAAUUGAUUUUUUUUUUUUUUAAUUUUAAUUUUUUUGUCUUGCAUGUUGAAGAAAUUGAGACAAUUUUUCUUUUCAAUUUUUUCACCCCUCUGAAGAAUAUGGGUAAAAGGCAGAUAAGUCCCAGCCCAAUCUUCUUGAUGUCUGAGGCUUAUGUAUGAAAACAUACUCUAACUGGGAGAGAGCCUCUGUGCUAUAAUGUGCUCAUUUCAUUUCAGGAGGUAUCAAGAGGUGGAGAAUUUUUGGGGAGCCAAAAGCACUACCUUUAAUGUAAAUUCAAGGAAACAGUGCUC